AUGAAUGACGAGGGAGGUGGCGUGGCUCAGCACCGGCAGCCAGGCCCAUAUAUACCGGCAGCUCCUGAGGAGCCAGGACAAUCCCUGGGUCCCCGCCCAAGCGAAGCAGGACCUGCCACCGCUCCCAUGGCUCACAGCGCUCUGGUCGUCUGCGCGCUUUGCCUCCUGGCCCUCUCGUCAGCUUGCUACAUCCAGAACUGCCCCAUCGGAGGGAAGCGGUCCGUCCUGGACAUGGACAUCAGAAAGUGCCUGCCUUGUGGGCCAAGGAACAAAGGUCACUGCUUUGGCCCCAGCAUCUGCUGCGGGGAAGAACUGGGCUGCUACUUUGGGACCUCGGAGACCUUGAGAUGCCAGGAGGAAAACUACCUGCCCACGCCCUGCGAGUCUGGCCGCAAGCCGUGCGGCAACACGGGCGGGACCUGCGCAGCCGAGGGGAUCUGCUGCAGCAACGGUGAGAGCUCCCCAGCUCUGCUCCAGCUGGAGCUUCCCAUGACCUCUCCAUGUCUCCCCACCCCACCCCUUACCCUGCAUCACCCACUAUAA